UUUUAGGUCUCUGCUUCUCCCUCCUUCCCAAAACUUUUUCACUUUCUCUUCCCGCUGCUCUUUCCCUCCUUCUUGUGCCCUCUCUGUCGCUUUCCUGUUCCUAAAACUGCUAAAUAAUCACAUCUCAAGUAAGUAAACCCUUUACAUUUCUAUUUGCCGGCAUUGUUGUUCUGUUUACUCAAUUGGGCUUCAUUUUGAGACCUUUUUGCCUGCAUCUGCAUGCCACGGGGGAUAUUGUUGCUUGCCUUAGUGAGAUGAUCUGAUGGUUCAGAGGUAAAGGGCUAGCAUUUUGCAUCAUAUUGGUUCCCAUUUUGAAGAUUUUCUCGAUCAUUGUCAUUUCAAUGUGUGAAGAUUUUGGAUGAGAGUGACUCUGGUGAGACGGGAAGAGAAGUUGCCAUCUUAUUGGAUAUUAUUGGGUUUCAUUUGACCAUGGAAUGCAACAAAGAGGAGGCCAUCAGAGCAAAAGAAAUUGCUGAAAAGAAAAUGCAAAGUGGGGACUUUGAAGGGGCACUCCGGAUUGCACUGAAGGCAAAGAAACUCUAUCCUGACCUUGAUAAUAUUUCCCAAGUAUUAAUGGUCUGUGAGGUUCAUUGUUCUGCACAAAACAAACUAAAUGGGUCAGAAAUGGAUUGGUAUGGCAUUCUCCAAAUCGAGAAGUUUUCAGAUGAGCCUAUUGUCAAGAAGCAAUUCAGAAAGCUUGCACUCUCACUUCAUCCAGACAAGAAUAAGUUUGCUGGUGCAGAAGCUGCUUUCAAACUGAUUGGUGAAGCAAACAGAGUGCUUACAGACCCUACCAAACGUUCUUCGUAUGACAUGAAGUGUAGAGUUGCACUGAGAUCUGUUGCACCAAAGUCAGCAUCUGACCAGUCAAAUAAGAACUCCUAUGUCAAGAAACAGCACGGUGCUGCAAACAAUUUCUCUAAUGCACCCCAUUCACAGUUCACUAGCUCACAUACUUGUCAGCAGCCACAACAGACAACAUUCUGGACACACUGUCCCUCUUGUACUGUAAAGUACCAGUACUACAGAGAAUUUCUAAAUAAAAUGUUACGUUGUCAAAAUUGUCAGCAGCCUUUUAUUGCUAAUGAUUUGGGCAUCUCUUCUAGAUCUUCCUGGAGUCAGUUCAUCAAUGAGAAAAGAGAUCCAAAUCAAGGUCCCUCUGAAGUGGCACCACAAAAUGAUGCAGGGAAGCCUUCUGUUAUGAAUUUUGUGUGUAGGUUUUCAGAGUCAGACACAAUGCCUAAGGUAGGAAAAUCUGCAGAUGUUUGUGGGAGUUCUAAACCCAAAGAGGCAAAGGCAGGAAAUGCUUCUGGAAUUGGUGGGGGUUCUAAACCACAGGAGAAAGUGAAUGGGCAUGUGGAAGUUGGGAAAGGAGGUGCUCCAGUGUCAAUGUCAAAUGCAAAGAAAUUCAAGGGAUCACUAACUUCAGAUAGUGCAAGUAGUAAGAAACGGAGGAAGUCAAUGGAGGAAUCCAGUGAGAAUUUUGACAAAGGCAGCAGUGCUGGCAUUGAAGAAAACAUUGUUGUUGAGGAGAAUGGUGGUGACCUUUCUGCCCAGAAUUCUAGACCCAGUGAUGGCUAUCAACCUAGGAGAUCUUCAAGGCAAAAGCAGCACAUUUCUUACGAGGAAAAUUUAAGCAAUGAUGACUUUGUUGACCCUCCUCCAAAAAGAUCUAGGGGUAGCAGGUCAUCUGGUGUGGCUGAUGGUGAGAUAAAAGAAGCAAGUGCAGGUAGUGGAAUGCCAAGAGGAGAUAUUUCAGCUGGUUUUGCUACUUAUGCAUUGAAUAGAAACAAUAAAGAGGUUAACCAAAAAGCAACUUCCAGUCUUGAAGAAAGAUCAUCAAACAAGAAAAGGAAAACGGGAGAUUUUGAGGCUAAAGGAGAUGAAGCAUCCAUGUCAGAGAAGGCUGGUACAAAGUUGGAGAUCAAUGAUGAAAAUUCCAAAAUUGGCACAUCUAAGUUAAAUUCAAAUGAAACACUAAAAUCAGAGAUCUUUGUAUGUCCUGAUCCAAAUUUCAGUAAUUUUGAGAAAGAUAGGGCAGAAGGCUCUUUUGCUGUUAAUCAAAUAUGGGCUAUUUAUGAUUCAAUAGAUGGCAUGCCCAGAUUUUAUGCACGGGUCAAGAAAGUGCUUACUCCUGGGUUCAAGCUGCAGAUAACUUGGCUAGAGGCAAGCCCGGAUAACGAUGCUGAGCAACUUUGGUGUGAGGAGGGUUUGCCUUCUGCUUGUGGUAUGUAUGAAAAUGGGGAUACUGUAGAAACUGUAGACCAUCCUAUGUUCUCUCAUCAAAUGUAUUGUAAGAAUGCUGGACGCAAAGGCACUUACUUGAUAUAUCCCAAGAAGGGAGAAACAUGGGCUCUCUUUAAGGAUUGGGACAUUAAAUGGAGUUCUGAACCAGAUAAGCAUAGGCCUCCUUACCAAUUUGAAUUUGUGGAAAUUCUGACAAAUUUUACCGAGGAUCUUGGCAUUGGGGUUUCUUAUUUGGAUAAAGUGAAGGGAUUUGUUAGUAUUUAUCAGCAAGCUAAUUGUAACGGUGUUCCCUCAUUUUACAUACGACCAAGUGAACUGUACAGAUUUUCUCACCGAAUUCCCUCAUGCAGAAUGACUGGUCAGGAAGGAGGUGUCCUUGCAGGGUCUUUUGAACUUGAUACUGCUGCUCUGCCUAGCUAUCUUUAUAACCUUGUUGAUCUUGGUGAUGUGAAAGUUGGAAAGGAGAAGCUGGAUGCUGAAGCAAUUGGUUCCCAUUCAAAGUCUUCCGAACAUGAAGUGCAACCUAUAAAGGGUUCUGAGAAGGUUUGCACCCCUAAGAAUCUCAAAAGUGGUCCUCAAAUGGGGAUUUCAGCACUUUCAAUAUCUUCAGGAGAAUCAACUGGGACAUGUAAGGAUGAUGAUCAAAUUGAUGUGGAUCAAAGGGCAAAAAAUGAAGACUGUAACAAAGUUGCAAGACACGGCAGGCUAACUCAACCUGAAGGAAUCAGUACUUCCUUUCAGGCUACUGAGAAGAGUGGAAGCCCUAAAAAACGGGAGAAAUUUGUGUCAUAUGCCUUGACACCUAGAAGAUCUCCUAGAGACUUGAGCAAUAGAGUAGAUGCAAGUCAGUCUACAACAGAAGUUGCUGGCAAGCAUACUGCAACAAACAAAGAUGAAAGACAAGGGCAACCAGGUGCUUCCUCACGUCAUCCUGAUAAUAAAAUGCAUUUACAUGUGAAGGAUGGAAGUUCGGUCAGUCCCGCAAAAAGCCAAAAGUCCUCUGGUUGUAGAGUUAUAGAAGUAGAGCACUAUGAUUUCAAGAAGGAAAAAUCUGAGGAUAAAUUUCAACUGGACCAGAUUUGGGCAAUGCACAGCAAUAAGGAUGGGAUACCCAGGAAUUAUGGUCAGGUUAAGAAGAUUGAAUUUGCCAUUGGUGGUUUCAAAUUGCAUGUGGCAAUGCUUGAAGCCUACACAAUCCGAAAAGACGUGCAGACUGCUUGCGGGACAUUUAAAGUCAAAAAUAAACCUGUAGUGCUUCCUGUCACUGCAUUUUCUCACCAGGUUAAGGCAAAGUCGAUUGGGAAGAAUAGAUACGAAAUUUAUCCUAGACAAGGUGAGAUUUGGGCAAUAUAUAAGAUCUGGAAUAGUGACUUGAUGUUUUCAGACCAGGAUGCCGGAGAAUGUGACAUUGUAGAAGUGGUAAAAGAUGAUGAAAACGGAGUGAAAGUUGUAGUCUUGAUGCCAGUCAAUGGAUCUGAAUCAUUUUACAUGGCUCCAAGAAGAUUAAAAAGUGGUAUAAUUAACAUAACACGGGCUGAGUUUGGUAGAUUUUCUCAUCAGUGUUUAGCUUCCCAGGCUAUGGGAAAGAAAGAUGAUAGCCUGAGAGGCUAUUUUGAGCUUGCUCCUUCAUCAAUUCCUGGUACUGUAGUUUUGGUAGAUUAAACGGUUAUAUUGUAGCAAGGUUGCGUGCUGUCCUUGUUUUUACCCCUUGUUGUAAGUUGUAACCAGGAAUGUAACGAAAUUGUUCCCUGUUAAAAGUAGAUCGGAGUUGGUAGAAACUCGACAAGUUGGGUUUUCUUUUCAAACGUUGAUGAUUCGUUCCUUUUAAUUUUUUGCAUCUGUUGUAGCUACUUGGAUGAUGAACUAGUGUUUUCUUGGAAA